AUGUCACCCGAACGACCACAUCGUUUCUCCGCAAAGUCCACAAAGAGCUAUCCUCCUCCAGCUCUUGUACACACUCCUAUGACACCACAAUCCCUGGGACCAAUGUCUCCCCCACCUAUGUCAGCAAAGUCUUUCGGCACCUUCAUCGACUCGGAGCCGUCGACGCCAGCCUACUCACCAAGGAUGGACCACCAGUGGGACGACUCAUCGGUGGUCCUAGUCCGUCCCAUGUCCUCGUCUUCUGAACCUUCCAGCCCUACUGAGCCAGUAUGGCGCAUGCUACAACCACUGCCUGUGAAGGCCCCACCAAAGCCCAAAGCCAGCACCGUCAGAGCUCAGUCCAAAGAACCGGUCUCCUCUGCCAAGGAGAUUUCAUCACAGACAUCGCUUUCAUCGCACCCUACUAAGCAGGCGAGCUACGUCAAUCGCCCCCACGCGAUCAAGCUAGCAAGCCUAUCACAACAAGAUUUCCCCCCGAAGAGCGAAGACAUUCCACAGGGUGAUGUUACAUCACCUCAGCCGACAGCCAGCACACCCACGGCGGCCGCCUUCGGGAAACUGGCAAACAAGAUGAAGUUGAUGCUCCGGCGUAAGAACACGAACGCAAAGAAAAAGGAGAAGAAGAAGCGAGAGUACGAGGAGGUAGACCGCAUAGAGGAUGUACACUGGACAGAGAUAAGGUUGGGAAGCGCCGUACGGCUCAAAUGCGCCGGUAAAGCACAGCCUCAAACGCGGUUACAGAGGCCACUCGCGGUGACGACCCGUGCUUUACGGCCACACACAGCACGCGUUCAUUCAAGUCCGUUAUCACGUGCUUUCUCGCAGACAAGACUCCUACAAACCCAGCCCAAGAGUUCAAGAACCAAUGGAAGAGACACUACCCUCUUCAACACGCGAUGGAACCAACCAGCCAAGGACCCCACAACCACACUCCUAGAAUCACGCUUCCCAACCAAGACCGUGCUUGUACUCCUCACCCUCGGCGCCCUAGCAUACUACUUCGUCGACAUAGUAGAAACCGACUGGACAGACAGCGUCUACGGCGCCUUCGAAACCGGCGACGAUGCCUCGCAACUCGCCCAACCCCUCCACUUCUACUCCUCAAAAGAAGAAGUGCAACACAUCCUCGACUUCCACAUCCCAGACCCCAGCGCCCCGAUGAAAGAUCCCGCCGUAGCGAAGUUCUUCUCUGAGCAAUUCGACAAGCUAUGCUACGGAUGGAUGAUGACGCCCGAUGAUUCAAAGAAGGGCGUCGAAGGCAUGCCAGACGUGCAAAUGCCCAUAACACACGGAUGUCGGUUCCGCAGCAACGAGCCGUGUGAGGAUUUCUUCGCACUAGGAACGUCGCCUGGUCCCGGGCAGAACCUCUGGAAUUACUGGACUGUACUAGAUGGGCAUGCAGGACGACACACGGCAUUCUACCUCCAAUGGACACUAAUCCCCAUGGUAUCCUCCGCGCUCAGCACCCUAACACCGCACGCCUCGAGCCACCAAAUCGAAAGCAGUAUAAAAACCGCCUUCCUCGCCACGGACAAAAGUAUCAUGUCCCGCGCCAAAACAGCCGCAGCCUGGUUCCCCGCCGCCAACGCCGCCGCCAUCGCCGCGCUCACACCCGCUUUCUCCGGGUCCUGCGCGCUACUCGCUGCAUUCGAUCCCCAGACCUCCAAACUCCGCGUCGCAUGCACAGGAGACUCCCGCGCCGUCCUAGGCCGCUGGGACCCCUCCACAAACACCUACACCUGCAUCCCCCUCUCAGAAGACCAAACCGGCUUCAACACCAAAGAAGUCGAAAGACUAAGCAAAGAACACCCCGACGAACCCUCCGUCAUAGACCCCAAAACAGGCCGCAUGCUAGGCAUAGCCGUAACCCGCGCCUUCGGCGACCACCGCUGGAAAUGGGAUAACGAGACUAUCAAGGCGUGCCAGCACAAAUUCUGGGGUACGGCGCCAAGGCCAGGGAAUUUGAGCCCGCCCUAUAUGACGGCGGAGCCUGAAGUUACGGAAACGGAUGUUGUGAGGAGGGAACCGCGGGAUGGGAUGCUGUGUGGUGAUGAUGGGAAAGCAGAAGGAGGGGGGAAAAGCGAUUUCCUCAUCCUCGCUUCCGACGGCCUUUGGGAUCGGAUUUCUUCUGAACAUGCCGUCGAGUGCGUUUCCCGCUAUCUCUCCGCGCGCGCCCGUGGCCAGGGUUCCGUGAAGCAAGACCCAGAACUCCUGCGUAACCCCCCUGUUUUCCCUCAAAACCUCUCUAGCUUGGACCCGGGUGUGACGUGCGAUCCCGUGGCAGGCGAAGACGUGGAUUGGAAAGCGGAGCCGCAGUAUUUUGCGAUUGAAGAUGAGAAUGCGGCGGUUUGUUUGGCGAGGAAUGCGAUGGGUGGGAAUAGGAGGGGGUUGUUCCUUGGGGUUUUGGCGGGGCCGGAGCCGCUGAGUAGGAAUGCGGUGGAUGAUACUACUAUUAUGGUUGUGUUUUUUGAUAAAUUGGAGGAUGGGAAGGCGAACGGGAAGGGGGGUAAAAAGGUGGAGGAGAGUAGGAGUGGGGAUGGCGAGAAGAAGAAGAGGUGGUGGUGGCCGUUGUGA